CAUUUGGACUUUCAAGAGGUUUGGCGCCUUCUGAAAGAAAUGAAUUUGAAUAUUGAUCAAAAUUAUGCCAAAGCUUUAUUUCAAUGCACAGAUAAAGGCGGCGAUGAUUCUGUAAGAAGAAGUGAUGGCUUUCUUGAUGAAAAUGAAUUUCUGAAGUUUUUCUUGAAGUUAACAUUUCAUUUCGAAACUGGCAGAGUUAUGAGUUUGUAUAGUAGCAGAAACGAUAAAACUUUUUCAGCGGUCGACUUAAAAAACUUUCUUAUCAAAGUACAACAGUUCGAACAAGUGACUAUCAGUAUAGCAGAUUCAAUUAUCAGAGAAAUUAUCACUAAACAAGGCAAUUAUCGUAUGGCUAGACGUGAAAAUUUACUUGGACCGAUAGGUUUCCGAAGUUUGUUACGUUCAAGAUGGGGUAACAUCUUACGAAGUGGACAUGAGACUGUUUUUCAAAAUAUGAAACGGCCAUUAUCUGAUUAUUACAUCAAUUCUAGCCAUAAUACUUACUUAAUGGGCACUCAAAUUAAGGUAGAUGUACUUGAUGGACCUUACGGAGAACCGUGCAUCACUCAUCGACAUACAUUAGUUUCAUCGAUAUGUUUAAAGGAUGUUUUAAUGGCAAUCAAAAGUUAUGCAUUUAAAUAUAGCGAAUAUCCGUUGAUUCUUACUAUUGAGAAUCACUGCAGCUUACAACAACAACAAAUUCUUGGAAAUGACAUUUUUAUAACGUCUGAAAACGAGCCAUUAACAGCAUUACCAUCACCUCAUGAGCUUAAAUUCAAGUACAUUUUACGCGGUAAAACGGGUUUGGAAUAUAUUUCUGCGCAAGACGAAAAUAUUAAUACUGAGACAAGCUCAAUCUCGACCUUUACAGUUGAUCCUGAAAUAUCAAAAUUAAUCUCGCUAUCUCAAGUCAAGCUAUCCCAAAAUUGGAUGAAUGACAUAACAAAACAUGCAGUAAACUUAUCUCCAUCAAUCUCAGAGACAAAAGUCCGUAAGAUAGCAGCUAGUAGUGCGCGUUUUACGUCUUAUACUAGUAAGCAUCUCGUAAAAUCAUACCCAAAAGCAUUAAGACAAGAUUCGAGUAACUUUAAUCCAAUGCAGUCAUGGAUGCUUGGCAUACAAUCCGUUGCACUAAACAUGCAAACUCAUGACGAGAAUCUAGAUCUUAAUUCAGGCUUAUUUAGAAUAAAUGGCAAUUGUGGCUACGUGCUGAAACCUGACAUACUUCUUGUCGGACUAGACGUAGAGAAAAAUGAGUGCUUCUAUCGAAUGAUCAUGAAUCUUACAAUAAUUAGUGGUGAAUAUCUACCGAAGCCAUUUUCAAAAUGUGGUGAGAUCAUUGAUCCGUAUGUCAUCGUUGAAAUUUAUGGAAUUCCCGAAGACUGCAGAAAAAUGCAAACAAAAGUAAUUGACAACAACGGGUUUUGCCCAGUUUGGAAUGAAUCAUUCAAAUUUGAGCUUAAGCAACCUGAAGUAGCAAUUCUAAGAUUAUGUGUGAAAGAUCACGACAACGCUUCGCUAGACGAUUUUAUCGGAGAAUUUAGCGUUCCUGUAAAUAGUAUUCGACCAGGUUAG